UAUAGGUAUGUGUCAGAACCCUGCUACUAGAGCCUGGAUGUGGCUCUGAGUUUCAGGGUCACUGACAUUGAUAAGACACCUGCGUCCCAGGACUCGGAGGAGAAACGGCUGAUGGACUUGGCGGGGAAUUUGCGCGGGGUUUUACUGAGCGGGAAGAGACUGUUCAAAUGAGGGGGAGGGUAUAUAAAGGAGGGUUGGCCGGAGCCUCCCAUUCUUGGCUUUUCUGAUGUUCAUGUUUCCUACAAUAAAAGUUCCUGGUGAUACCACAAAGAGUCUCGUGUGUUCAUUCAGGAGCGGCUGUGGUGAGCUGACACUAAGCCAAGAAUACGGACACCAUCCCGCUGUAGCGGUGAGGUGUAACAUGCAAGUGGAGGAUGAAGAGCUCUUGGGCGCCGGAGGAGGAAGGUCGGAAAGGGCCACUCCCGAGACGGACGCUGAGUUCCACCAGCUGGCGGCCCUGGCGUCAUCCACCGCUUAUGCCCAGCCAAAUGGGGUAACCCAGAGGCGCGGAGUGGUGCGGGGAGAUAGCACCGGAGGAGAGGAAGGUUCACCUUCCCCAGGCCCGCAAAAGAUGGUGUUUCUGGAGGAGAGGAUGUCGGCGAUGGAGACCACCCUGGCAGUGAUGUCGAGGGCGAUGGAGCGCCUGGCGGUUUUGGCGGAGCCGGAGCGAGGAAGGGAACUCCGGGCUAGCUCAAUGUGGGACGUGAGCAUGGGAAGCAGCCAGGGCUUUGCAGACCUCCCAGCACCGAAGGGAAGGGAAAUGCGAAAGGAGCCCGGUGCCCGGCCCAAGAUCCAAACGAGCCUGACGCGGGUGGAGGAGAGUGACGACGAAGGGGAAAAGCCUCCGAGAAUCCCGGCUACGCUCCCAACUGAGACCCUGGUGCCCCUGGCGAAUGCCGGGCGUGGCACAGGACAAAGGGAAGCAGCAGCGGGGCCCACUGGCCCGCAAGGGGGCUUGCGACGGGCGGAGGAUUGGGGAUUGCCACCACAGGGACCCCUACCGAGACGAGAGGAACUAAGGAUCGAGUUUGGGGGAGAGUCCUCUGAACUGGAUUUUUUCCUGACCACGGUGAGGGGCUAUAUGGAGGACAAUGCCCACACUUUUAGAACGGAAUCCAGCCGGGUACGGGCCAUUGGUGCAGUGUUGAAGAGGGGAGCGGCCAGCUGGUACGUUCAACUACACGCGCGGCGCGACCCAUGUCUGGGGUCACUCCGACGCUUUAUGGGGGCCCUGGAGACCCGUUUCCGAGAUCCACUGGAGCAGAUCCGGGCGAGGGAGGAGUUGAAGACCGUCUCCCAGGGGCAGAGGUCGGUAUCUGAGUAUGCGGAGGAGUUCCAAUGCCUCGCUGAAAAGGUGCCGGAAUGGUCUGCAGUGACAAAGAUAGAACUCUUCAAAGAGGGGCUCAGGCGGGAGAUCCUCUCCUGGGCGGUGCAUCGUGAUGAGCCUGACACACUGCGCGGAUGGAUUCAGCUGGCGGGGCGCAUCGAGACAUCGCUGGCCCAGGCGAGGAGGCACCGAGGAGGGCUACAGCAGCGGCCGCAGAUGAAAGAGGGGAGCCGGAAGGAGGGAUCAACCCCAGCCGGGAGGAGAACGGAGCCGACAGGGAACGUGAGCACCAGCAGGAGGGGCUGCUUCGUGUGCGGCCGUUUGGGCCACAGGGCUGCCGAGUGCUGGCAGAGAAAAGGGGAAGGCGGAGGCCCGCCCAAACCAAGAGCCGUGGCAGGGAAACGCGCCGAGGAAGAACCACCGAUGAGGCACCACUCGGGGGGGUUGGACGAAGGGGAGGAGGACGCCAUGUCAGAACCCUGCUACUAGAGCCUGGAUGUGGCUCUGAGUUUCAGGGUCACUGACAUUGAUAAGACACCUGCGUCCCAGGACUCGGAGGAGAAACGGCUGAUGGACUUGGCGGGGAAUUUGCGCGGGGUUUUACUGAGCGGGAAGAGACUGUUCAAAUGAGGGGGAGGGUAUAUAAAGGAGGGUUGGCCGGAGCCUCCCAUUCUUGGCUUUUCUGAUGUUCAUGUUUCCUACAGUAAAAGUUCCUGGUGAUACCACAAA